AUGUUUCUUUCAUUAUCCAGGCUGGAACUUGCUGGAGUUCACAAUGUCAAAACCUACUCCUACAAGGAAUUGAGACAGGCGACUGAGGAUUUCAGCCCUGCAAAUAAAAUCGGGGAGGGUGGUUUUGGUUCUGUGUACAAGGGACGUCUUAAAGAUGGAAAUUUUGUGGCAGUAAAGCUUCUCUCGGCUGAUUCAAGGCAAGGGGUAGGCGAGUUCUUGGCAGAGAUAAAAGCCAUCUCAGUGGUGGAGCAUGAGAAUCUGGUUAAGCUCUAUGGCUGCUGCGUUGAAGGAAACCACAGAAUUUUGGUCUACAACUAUCUCGAGAAUAAUAGCUUGGCUCAAACACUUCUUGGUGGAUCUUACAGUAAUAUUCAGUUUGAUUGGAGAACAUGGACUACAAUCUGCAUUGGAGUAGCAAGGGGAUUAGCCUUCCUUCACGAGGAAGUACGACCAUAUAUAGUGCAUCGCGACAUCAAAGCGAGCAACAUUCUCCUGGACAAAGAUCUAACACCCAAAAUUGCAGAUUUCGGUCUGGCCAAGUUGAUCCCAUCGCACAUGACCCAUGUUAGCACUCGCGUCGCUGGGACAAUAGGGUAUCUAGCACCAGAGUACGCAAUACGGGGACAGUUGACUCGGAGAGCAGACAUAUACAGUUUUGGUGUCCUGCUUGUGGAAAUAGUCAGUUGGAGGUGCAACACAAACACACGAUUGCCAAUUGAAGAGCAAUACCUCCUAGAACGGGUAUGA